CCGCGAGUCAAGAUAAAAGUCCUUGCCUGGGCGACACCGACAAUAUGCCUCAGAACGAGUAUAUGGAAAGGUGGCGUAAGCUGCACGGCCGCCGCCUCGAUCAUGAAGAACGAGUUCGAAAGCGUGCCGCCCGUGAAGGCCACAAGGCUUCGCAGGAUGCUCAGAACCUGCGCGGUCUCCGAGCCAAGCUCUACCAGCAGAAGCGACACAAGGAGAAGAUCCAGAUGAAGAAAGCCAUCAAGGCCCACGAGGAGCGCAACGUCAAGACCGCCGACGAGAAGGAGCCCACGACGCCCAUGCCCUCGUACCUGCUGGACCGCACCAACCCCUCAACGGCUAAGGCGCUGAGCAGCGCCAUCAAGAACAAGCGAGCGGAGAAGGCGGCCAAGUUUGCGGUUCCUCUGCCCAAGGUUCGAGGUAUCAGCGAGGAGGAGAUGUUCAAGGUGGUCAAGACUGGCAAGAAGGUACAGAAGAAGGCCUGGAAGCGAAUGGUUACGAAGCCUACCUUUGUCGGACCCGACUUUACGCGACGCAACCCCAAGCACGAGCGUUUCAUCCGACCCAUGGGUCUGCGAUACAAGAAGGCCAACGUCACUCACCCCGAGCUCGGCGUGACGGUGCAGCUGCCCAUCAUCAGCGUCAAGAAGAACCCUCAGAACCCCUUGUACACCCAGCUGGGCGUCCUGACCAAGGGUACCGUCAUCGAGGUCAACGUCAGCGAGCUGGGUCUGGUGACUGCCGGUGGAAAGGUUGUCUGGGGUCGAUACGCCCAGGUCACCAACAACCCAGAGAACGAGGGAUGCAUCAACAGCGUUCUGCUGGUCUAAUGCGACGCACGACCGACGGACGUGUGCUGGAGGUUGAUUUACUGAUGUUCAGACUGCAUGUAACGGCGUCAGGGCGUUUUUUGGUUACCACGCGAAAAAAAAAAGCUGCGUCAGGUGGUUGGUAAACGGGUUGGUUGUCGACUGAAGAUUCCCAGUUGCGAUGAAGAAGACGCACUCGAGUUAUGGGCCACAUCCUGCUUCUGGCGGGACAUGACAAAGGUCAUAGAUAGAUACGAAUAUAAGAAUUGGUGCUUGAACGGUGUUGAACGUUGGGUUCGUCACUGUUGGCACACAUC